AUGGCGCGAAUCAAAUUUAAAAUUCCCACUGUCAGUCGCACAACACGGCUCCGACGUGCAAGGAAUGCUCAAGAGGACAGGGAAGCCCUGAAUCGCCUGGAACUAGCCGAACGUCAAUGGAACAUUCUGAAUGAACUGCGAACAGAAUUUACAGCGUCAGUCGAUAAUCGCCAUGAUACAUUUGAUGAUCAUCGAGAGGAAACCGGUCAAUUUCCAGGGCUAGAAGAUAGUUCGGAAGACGGAGAAGACCAUCCGAGGCCGGCCAACGAAUGGGUUGACUUGGAAGAGGAUGAAGUACUUGAUGAUAUAGAUCUGAUGGUUCAAAUGAGCAAUGAAAGGUAUCGGCAGCGCGCUCGGGAUUUCAACUGGAAUGUUCUGAUGGGCCCACUUCACGGCGCUUACAUGGUACAGAAGUCCUUGCCCGACGAUUGGAGUGGUUCAAACUCUUACUCCGAUUUUCAGAACAGCAAGCCUUGCAACUGUGGACCAAGAUCUAAGCACUCCCGAUAUGUUGACUUGGUCGACAUUCAUUGUAUGCCAAAAUCAGUACUUCUCAUCCCCAGUUAG